AUGGCUACUAGAAACAAAGUAGGAACAAAACAUGACGAACAUAGCGUGGAAACACUUGCUGAGGUUUUUAGAUGUUUUAUUUGUAUGGAAAAACUUAGAGAUGCUCAUUUGUGUCCACAUUGUUCAAAACUGUGUUGCUAUGUUUGUAUCCGCAGAUGGUUAACAGAACAAAGAUCUCAAUGUCCUCAUUGUAGAGCUUCUCUACACUUACAUGAACUUGUGAACUGCAGGUGGGUUGAGGAAGUAACCCAGCAGCUUGAUAGUUUACAAGCUGUUAGUCUUAAUGGAAAUCGGAACGAUGAAAAUGACAGGGACAAGUGUUCAACUCAUUUGGAAAAGCUUUCAGUUUAUUGUUGGACUUGCAGAUGCUGUAUCUGCCACCAGUGUGCCCUUUGGGGAGGAACUCAUUCAGGUCAUACAUUUAAACCUCUAGAUGAAGUUUAUGAACAACAUGUUACCCAAAUUAAAGAUGAAAUUGCUCAGUUACGCAGAAGGUUAAUGGAAUUAAUUAGUAUUGUACAAGAAGUAGAAAGGAAUGUUGAAUCUGUGAGAUCAGCUAAAGAUGAUAGAGUACGAGAAAUUAGAAAUGCUGUCAAAGUAAUGAUCGCUAGGCUAGAUUCUCAAUUAAAAACAAAAUUACUUACUCUCAUGGGACAAAAAGAUUCACUCACACAAGAAACCGAACAAUUAGAACAUUUACUUCAUGAAAUAGAACAUCAAUUGCAUGUAUCUACCAGAUCAGAACUGAUAUCAAAAAGUAGUGAAAUUUCAAGAAUGAUUCAUGCAAUAAGAAAAAAACCAAUGACUAGUUUUGUGACUGCACCAGUUCCAGCAGAUUUUCAUAGUGAAAUUGUACCUGCUUAUGACAGUUGUACUUUUGUAAUGCAUGGCUUUUCACGUUACCAGCGUAAGGCUGAUCCUAUUUACUCUACACCAUUACACUGUAAUGGUCUUUGUUGGAGGUUAAAGGUGUAUCCAGAUGGAAAUGGAGUAGUAAGAGGAAACUAUCUUUCUGUUUUUCUAGAGCUUAGUGCAGGAUAUCCAGAAACAUCCAAAUAUGAAUACAGAGUUGAGAUGGUUCAUCAAGUGAGUAGAGAUUCUUCAAAAAAUGUAGUUAGAGAAUUCGCUUCAGAUUUUGAAGUAGGAGAAUGUUGGGGUUAUAAUAGGUUUUUCCGUCUUGAUCUCUUGGCAAGUGAAGGAUAUUUAAAUGAAGCCAAGGAUACUCUUGUCUUGAGAUUUCAAGUUAGAGCUCCAACUUUUUAUCAAAGGUGUAGGGAUCAACAAUGGUAUAUUAAUCAGUUACAAACUGUGCAACAUCAAUACAUAACACAGAUUAAUGAAUCAAAGGAGCGUUUAGCUGCUGAAAUAUCUAGGAAUGCUGUAGCAUCAAGCCUUAGGCCAAAAAAGCAAUCUGAUGUAUCCAACAUUUCAUUAGUAAAGAAUAUAUACACUUUACCCAGUCCAGAUAGAGAUACAGAUUGUAGUCCAGAAGCUUCAACAUCUCAUGGCCCUGCUGGUAAAUCUUUCUCAAAUGAGUUAGCAAAUUUUGCUAAAAGUUUAGUAUCUGUAGAAUCAAAUACCCAAACAAAAUCUGAUGAAUGUCCUUGCUCUUCAAAAGGGAAAGUAGAUAAUUCAACAAAAAAGCCAAAUUCUCCUCAUCGUCUUGGACUUAGUGUUUCUUUAAGUUCUCCUAAUCUUUUAAAUACUGCUGUGUCCUCUUUAAUGUUAUCUAGCAGUAGCAGUGAAAGUGAUUUAAGUGAACCUGAACCUUUAAUAGAAGAAUUGGAACAUAGAGAAGUAAUAUCUAAUGAUGAAAAUGAUGUGGAUAUUGAAACAAUGUCUGGGGAAAAUGAUGUUGAAUAUGCAGAAUUCUCUAUGGCUCAAAGAAUGUUAGAAAAUGAUAAUAGUUCUGGGAAUAGUAGUUUUGUAGGUGCUACAGCACUCUCUCCUACUGAAAUGACUAGUUCCUUUGAAGAUAGAUUAAAAUUACUUAAUUUCUUUGAAAAUUCUCCAAGAAGAAACACAGCUCAGGAUCCUGCAAGUAAUUUGUUAGAUCUAACUGCUUCAAAUCUAGAUUUAGCUUUGCUUGGAUCACUAUCGACAGAUAAUUCAAUUAUAAGUGCUGGUAACUUCACUGCAGAAAAUAGAAAAAAACUGAAGCAUAGAUUUAGACAAUUGGAUAUGUCAGGACCUGAAUCUAGUACUAAUCAAGUUGGGGUGUGGACUGAAACUGUUCCUAUAUCUCAGAUCACGAAAGAAUCAGUUAUGGGUCCUUUGGAAUCAUUUUUACGGUCCAUAAAUUGUUAUCCUGAGCAUGACCAAACUCGAAGGAAGGAGUCACCAAUGAAGGAAAAAAAGAAACAUUCUACUUCUCAGUCCAAAUUUCCUAUUGUGCCAUCUGUUUCACCCCCUCCUAUGAGUGAUAAUGCUGAAAGUCUUAGUGUUGAACCGAGCUCUCUAGCUUUUAGUUGGACGCCAUCUUUGCUAAACCAGCGAAGAGCCAGCAAAUCCCCACGGGCACCACCAAGUGAUCUAACUCUACCUGAAAAAGAAGAUAAUAAAUCUGAUAACCAACCUCAUUCCUCUUAG